AUGGACGCGCAGCAACAGGACCAUCGGAUCAGCAUUGGAGAAUUUAUUGAGAGCUCCAUACUAGAUACUUGCGUGCCCGCAGCAUCAUCCACGGACAUACAAGAGCUACUACAGGGUUGGGAUGGCCAUGAGAGCGACACGUCUUCUGCAUUACUACCAUACAUUGCCGAACGAGAGACACUGUUCUUCGAUGAACAAGUUACCGUGUAUGUUGUGCUAAGAACACCGUACAUCGAAGAGAGCCUUCUCAAAUCAUACCUUUCGCGGCUGAUUCUGACUCUCGAGUGCCGUGUCACAAGUACAGCACCGCCGCCCAAGGUACAAGGCGAGCAAGUUCCGCCUACGAAGGAGCUGUUGAUUUCAGAAACCAUCAAAGACUCCUGGGAGCCAUUGGUCAUUAUAUCUAAGGAGCAUGACCUUCAAAAAAAAGGUGCUUCGGCACAUAUGCAUCUUAUAUGGAAAGCCGAUAUCUGUUUAGGACAUCCACGAAUUAGACUGAGUCGACCAGCCAUUUACUUCGUUGUCAGUGCAUCGUCCCGUGCAGUAGAACCUACCGAGAGCACUGAUGCAGAAGAUGAAUAUAUGGCCAGUCUCGAACCUUCACCUCUCAAUCUACUUCAGGCCUUCUCCGAUAAUCCAAGCUUCGGGAAUACGAGGCCGAAGUUAUCAGCGAUACGAGCUACGAAACUGUCUUUGACAAAUCCACUUUCGAGGGAAUUAUUGCGGCCAAUCCGAAACGCUACUCGACGACUGUUCAAAGCUGCGCCGGCGUUCAUUUGGAGAAUCAGAUAUACUCGCUGGCAUUCGUCCACUAGCGUCAACGCAGUUGUCGCUUCACUGGAUAUUGAAGCUACUUCUUUCGCUGGUGGCCACGUUACUAUCAAGGACGUGAAAAUCAUCUUGACAGAAGGACACGUGUUGCCCUACCCAGUUAUCGGGUUUGACAAAGACACGACUCAGUGCAAGCCCGGUGACCAAAUCACUAUGCUUUUCAAACUAACUUCAGAUGCUUCCAGUCGGUUCACGAGGUCCCAAGAGAAGAUCGUGUGUCCGCUGCACUUGACGAUCAACGCGGAAGUCCUAAUCUCAAAUGUAUGCAAACCCUCCGUCACAGUGUCUUGGCGAACAGCAGUCGAGUUUUCAGCAGAUUUAAUACCAGACCCUGGCAAAUCAUACACGCUCGAACGACCUGUUUCACAAGCCAGCGUUCCACGGGUCGAGAGCUCUGGUAACACCCAACUGUCUUCCAGUAAUCCGGGGCCAGAUUCCCUACCAAAUGUUGAGGAUAACGAAACGUUUUCAGGCCUGCAUACUUUGUCAGAUAUCAGCAUGGCUGUUACAGUAACAGGGCCACAAAAGAUACGCAUGGGAGAAUCAUUCAAAUGGGAUAUCUUCAUUGUCAACAAGUCGGAGACCCCUCGAAGGUUAGCCGUGGCAGCCAUACCACGACGCAGGAAAGGGGAUCACAAGGGACAUGCUACCAAUGCGUCCUCGAGCUCACAUAAACUUGACUUGAAUGACGCUAUCGCUGAUGCCAUUGUCGAUGAGAAUGUAGUCUAUGCGAGGCAGCGCAAUGCCAAAGCGGAACCAGUGGAAUUGAUCUGCCUGAGUACGGAUGUUCGGAUAGGACCACUGGCGCCAGCUGCAUGUUAUAACGCAGAAAUGAGUUUUCUGCCAUUAGCGACGGGUUCCUUAGGCGUCGAUGCCCUGCGAUUCAUAGACAUCGCAAGCCAGGAGUGGGCGGAUGUACGCGAUCUGCCAAGCAUAAUGUGUUACGAGCAACUUGCCACCAAUGUUUAA